AUGAAGGAGAAGAUAGAAGAACUAUGGGGAGAAGUUAGAGAGGUAAGUUUAGGAAGCAAUGGAAGCGUAGAAAGAUUAGAAUCACCACCAACACCACUUGAAUUCCUCAGAAACUUCAUCAACCCAAACAAACCCUGCAUCAUCUCCAACUCCAUCAAUCACUGGCCAGCUCUCUCUUCAUGGACCAACCCUUCUUAUCUCACUCAAACCCUAUCUUCCUCCACCGUCUCCCUCCACCUCACCCCCACCGGCGCCGCCGACUCCAUUACAUCUCUCCCCUCCUCUUCCUCCCUCUGCUUCGCCUCCGCGCAUGUCGAGCGCGUCCCGUUCCCCGACGCGCUUCGCCUCAUCAAGUCCUCUGACCCGUCGAAAUGUGUAGCGUACGCGCAGCAGCAGAAUGAUUGUUUUCGUUCGGAGUAUUCUUCUCUUGCUGGAGACUGUGAUUCGCAUAUUGGUUGGGCUACCGAAGCUUUUGGUUCGGAGCCGGAAGCGGUUAAUCUUUGGAUUGGUAACCGUUAUUCGAAUACUUCUUUUCAUAAGGAUCAUUAUGAGAAUCUCUAUGCUGUUGUUACUGGCGAGAAACGCUUUCUCUUGUUUCCUCCUACUGAUGUUCAUCGCUUCUACAUUCGUCACUACCCUGCUGCUACUUACAAACACUCUCUGGAAACUGGAGAGUUUGAUUUGGAACUUGACAAGCCAACUAGGUAUGUGCCUUGGUGUAGUGUAGACCCUUUCCCUUCGCCGGAGAAUUUGGAGGACGAGAUUUCAAAGUUUCCUUUAUACUUCAAUGGCCCUCCACCCUUUGAGUGUACUGUCAAGGCUGGAGAGAUUCUCUACCUGCCAAGCAUGUGGUUCCAUCACGUUAGACAAAGUGGGGAUGACGGAGAGUUAACUAUUGCUGUAAACUAUUGGUAUGAUAUGCAGUUUGACAUUAAAUAUGCUUAUUUCAACUUUUUACAAUCUAUUGAUUACCAAUCUCCUGCGGAUCCAACUAUGCCUGAGAAAUUGUGCGAGGAGAUUGAUUCAGGUCUUGAUAGUGAUGAUGACACUAGAUGA